AUGGCUGAGACUCACAAGAAAAUAGUUCAACAAUUUGUACAAGCACUCGAUGCUCAUCAUCUUCAUGAUCUUGAUAAUGUUUUGGAACAUUAUGUUGAAAAAAUUGAACACUCCGAUAUCGUUUUUAAAAAUAUUGACGAAGCACGAGAAUAUUAUUUCAAGGAACAUCAAGCUCAUCCAUCGGCUGAAUGGAAAAUUAUUGAAUUUCAACAAGACGACCAAUACAAUGAUACAUUAACAGCUCGUGUUUCAUAUAAUCAUCAUAUAUACCAUACAACUUAUACAUUUAGUUCAGGAGGAAAAAUUGAAAAAAUUCAUUCUGUUCCUGAACAUCAUCACAACACUUAA